AUCAGGGACUGUUGAACAACCAUUGGCAGCUUUUCAGUGUCAUCUGGCAGUGUACUCACAAUCUCUGGGCAACUUUGGACAGCAGAAACGGUUGCCCGAUCACUGAAAACUAUCAAAAAAUAUCUGUUUGUGUACUCACAAUAUCCGAGCGAGUUUGUUUGGACGACCAUUGCUCAGCCAUCGAGAGCUAUCAAGGAACACUUGGCAGUAUACUCACAAUCUCUCGGCAACUUUGGAUAGCCGAAAAUGUUUCCUGAUCACUAAGAACUCUCAAGAUCUGUCUGUGUACUCACCUCACAAUAUCUGAGCGAAUUUGUGUUUGGACGACAGGAACCAUUGCUCGGUCAUCGAGAGGUAUCAAGAAACAUUUGUAUGUGUACUCCUAAUCUCUGAGCUAGCUUGGACGUAGGAAAGGGUUGCCCGAUCACUAAGAACUCUCAAAAAACACAUGUCUGUGUACUCACCUCACAAUUGCUGAGAGAGUUUGUGUUUGGACGACAGGAACCAUUGCUCAGUCAUCGGGAGGUAUCAAGGAACAUUUGUCUGUGUUUUCACAAUCUCUGAGAGAGUUGGGGAAGCAGAAACCAUUGCCUGAUUACUAAGAACUCUCAAAAAACACCAGUCUGUGUAUUCACCUCACAAUAUCUGAGCGAGUUUGUGUGUGGACGACAGUAACCAUUUCUAGUUCAUAGGGAGCUAUCAAGAAACAUUUGUCUGUGUAUUCACAAUCUCUGAGCGAGUUUGGACGGCGGAAAGUGUUGCUCGGCCAUUGAGAGCUUUCAGGAAACAUCUGUUCGUGUACUUGCCAUCUCUGAGCGAAUUUGGACGGCAGGGACCAUUGAGAGAUAUCCAGGAACACCUUGCUCGGGAGUGAUGUACCAGAACAUAAGGCAUCAGGCUCACCAGGCCAGGGUCAGGCAAGAACUGGGACUCAAAAGACUGGAGAUCAACAGCAUCUCGGCGAACAUGGCGGACAGCCCUGUAACCGGCGUGCCUCCCCUUCCGCCUCGGUACCGCUUCAGGGAUCUCAUCCUCGGCGAGUACGCCAGUCAAGACGAGGACAGGGUACAAGUGGAGUUCUACGUGAACGAAAACACCUUCAAGGAACGUCUACAGAUCUACUUCAUCAAGAACCAGCGGUCGAGUCUCCGUAUCCGCCUGUUCAACCUGGUGAUUAAGCUUCUGUCUUGUGUGCUGUACGUCACCAGAGCCUGUCUAGAUGUGGACCCAUCGAAAGCAAAGUGCCAUGACUGUACGAUCACCCCCAACUACACGUGGAUGGAGAUCAACUGGGCCCCCCUGGUGUGGGUCAACAGGUCCUCCCCUAUCACCCGCCCUAUAUGGGGCAUACAGGUUGUUGUGGCAAUCAUAAGUUUUUUGGAGACCAUCCUCAUCACAUACCUUAGCUAUAAGGGCAGCCUUGUUCAGUCAGUGUUCAACAUCAGGUUCCUGUUAGAAAUGAUCAACACAGUCCCAUUCAUCAUCACAAUAUUUUGGGCACCCCUAAGGAACCUUUUUGUGCCAGUCUUUCUCAACUGCUGGUUGGCAAAGUCAGCCCUCACCAACAUGCUGAAUGACUUGAACAGAGCCAUGCAGAGAAGUCAGUCUGCCCUAGCACAGCAGGUCAUCAUACUCAUAGCCACCCUGUUGUGUUUAGUCUUCACAAGCAUAUGUGGAAUACAGCACUUUGAGAGGGCAGGGAAGAACAUCAACAUGUUUGACUCCUUCUGGUUCGUGAUCGUGACCUUCAGCACAGUAGGCUACGGUGACAUCACCCCUGAACUCUGGGUGUCCAAAGCCAUGGUCAUCAUCAUGAUCUGUGUGGCACUCAUCAUCCUGCCCAUCCAGUUUGAACAGAUGGCAUUCCUGUGGAUGGAGCGUACCAAACAGGGUGGCAGUUACUCCCGCCAGCGAGCCGAGAGCGAGAAUCACGUGGUGGUGUGCGCCACCCAGCUGCAGACCGACGUCAUCAUGGACUUUCUCAACGAGUUCUACGCACAUCCCAAACUACAGGACUACUUUGUGGUCUUGCUGGCCCCAUCAGAGCUUGACAACAACCUGAGAAGAAUCCUGUCUGUUCCUCUCUGGGCCCAGAGAGUCAUGUACAUCCAAGGGUCAGCUCUCAAGGACCAGGACCUGGUCAGGGCAAAAGUGGAUGACGCUGAAGGCUGCUUCAUUCUUGCCUCCAGGAAUGAGGCCAACCCAGCUGCAGUACAAGCCUCGGUCAGGCACAGCCUUUGUCCGGUCAGCCCAGAUUUUAGCCAUACUCUCAGCUUGACCGUCCCUCAAGAGCGUUGUGCUGGACGCAGACUUGAGGAUGAACACACCAUCCUGAGAGCCUGGGCUGUGAAGGACUUUGCCCCCAACUGUCCGCUCUACGUCCAGAUCCUCAAGCCUGAGAACAAGUUUCACGUCAAGUUUGCAGAACAUGUGGUGUGUGAGGAUGAGUUCAAGUUUGCCCUGUUGGCCAACAACUGCCUGUGUCCUGCCAUGUCCACCUUCAUCACUCUCCUCCUGCACACAUCCAGGGGACAGGAAGGCCAGGAAUCAUCUGAGGAGUGGCAGAGAAUAUACGGGCGCUGUUCUGGGAAUGAGGUUUACCACAUCAGGCUGGCUGAUAGCAAGUUCUUUGGGGAAUACGAAGGGAAAAGUUUCACCUAUGCCUCAUUCCAUGCACAUAAAAAAUAUGGUGUAGCCUUGGUUGCCAUAGGAAAGGAUGAAGUGACGGGGAUCAAACUGAACCCAGGCCCGAAGCACAUCAUGAGGAAAGGAGACAUGUGCUUCUACAUGGCCAUCACUAAGGAGGAGAACUCUGCCUUCAUCCUGGCCAAGAAACAACACGAGAAGGAGAAAUCCAAGUUCAGCACACAGCCAAGAAGCACCAGAACUCACAGCAUCAUAGCUGGCGCAGGUACGGUUGCACUAGAACUCCAACGUUCCCGCCCAUCCAACGCCAGCAACCAUGCCCUGUUGUCUCCACCGCAUAACUCAGACAAGCGCCCUAGUAUCGCGGACGUCAUGGAAACCUUCGAACCAGAGUAUGUCCCGAUACCGUUAGACGAGCCCUCAGAGGAUGAGGCUGACCAACACGACGGGAGGGGAGAUGUCGCUGUACUAGACUAUGUCCAGGACUACCCACCAGUCCAGCCGUACAUUGGAUACACCUCCAUGGUCUGCCACCUGAUGAAGGAGAAGGUGCCAUUCUGCUGCCUGCAGCUGAACAAUCCCUGUCAGCACAACAACUUUGAAUAUGCACAUCACUACAAGUGGCCCAACAAGUCCAUAAUAGUGGCAGCGGAGUACGCCACCCCUGGUCUCUACAACUUCAUUGUCCCCCUGCGGUCCCAGUGUAGACCCAAGAGGGAACUCAACCCUGUUGUUUUUCUCCUGGAAAAUUUGCCAGAUGAGAGAUUCCUUGAGGCUAUUUGUUGCUUUCCAAUGGUAUACUACAUGGUUGGAUCUAUCAAUAAUUUGGAUGAUUUGCUGCGGGCCGGCAUCAUCCACGCCAACAAUGUUGUUGUUGUCGACAAGGAGAGCUCGAAAGCUGCAGCAGAGGACUACAUGGCCGACUCAGGCACCAUCGUCAAUGUGCAAACAAUGUUCAGGUUAUUCCCCAGCACCAGCAUCAUAACAGAGUUGACAAAUCCGGCCAACAUGAGGUUCAUGCAAUUUCGCGCCAAGGACUUCCAAGCCCUCAAUGUGGCCAAACUGGAAAAGAAAGAGAAGGAAAAGGGCUCCAACCUUGCGUACAUGUUCAGACUGCCAUUUGCUGCAGGGAGGGUCUUCAGUGCAAGCAUGUUGGACACACUGCUGUACCAGUCAUUUGUGAAGGAGUACAUGAUCACGCUGGUGAGACUACUGCUGGGACUUGGCCACACCCCUGGUUCUGGGCAUCUUCGAUCGAUGAGGGUUACAGAGAGCGACCUGUGGAUCCGUACCUACGGUCGUCUGUACCAGAAGCAGUGCUCGUCCAGCUGUGAGAUCCCCAUCGGCAUCUACCGCACAGAGAGGAAACCUCUCGUGGGAAUGGAGGCAACAGUAAGACCAUUUCAACGACGUAAGACACAACGAAGAAGGAAGGAUUACUUUGAUGAGGAGACCAGAUCGCAGAAUUCCGAGCGAGAGCAGUUGAGAGAGUUAGUGAAAAGCAGAGUGAAGGACUUAGGUCUACCAGAGGAGCAUUAUGGUAAUCACUUAGAUGACGACCUGCAUAACAGACGAAGCAGUCUAUCAUACGUUCUCAUCAACCCAUCUGAUGACACAAGGCUAGAGCUCGAUGAUGUCAUAUAUCUCUUGCGGCCAGAUGCGUCUGUCCCCUGUGCCUCCACCCCGACCGACCCUGACGAGAUCUCCUUGCAGGAGGACGGCAGUAUCAGGCCAGCUCCUCGCAACAGAUCUCCAGAGAACCGCAAGCCACAGAGUAACACAGAGGAAACAUCGGUCAAGAUUGAAGAAGAGACACAAGUAUGAAGAGCUGACCAGUCAGCUAAACAAUGAUUGACAUGUCUCAACUUCCCCACGUACGCACGAAGGACAGAACUCAUGAGCACACAACAGGGGCAUGAUGAUGCCUUGUGGACACUAGUGUUGCCUUGUUGCUACCCAGAAGACUUUGAUGGACAUAGUUGAAGAAUGAUUCAAAUUAAGCAUUGUUUGCUACACCUGCAUUGGACUGCACUUUGUAAACUGAAUGAUUAUUGAGUGAAUAGGUCAGAAAAACUUUGACGCCAUCAAGAUAAGCACUUCAACAUGCAUGGUUGUCAGCAGGUCUAUGAUAUGUAUGCGGAUCGUUUGAAAAGUUGCACUGAAGAAACCUGUUGGAUUUUGUACUCAACAUUUUGCUAACUGAUGAUAUUAGUAUGAGCUUGUAUGAGCAUGUAUGGUGUACACUUCAUAGCUAAGUAUCCGUGACUUAUGAUAAAUCUCUAUAAAGAAGGAAGCUGUUCUAUAACUGUACUGUAGUUUUCAUAUGAUGAUGGGAACGGAUGAUAGACAUGUUUUACUGUUUUACUACAUUUAGCAUAUUUAACGCAGAUAGACAUAGGACAGAUUUCAGUAGUUAAGGCACACAUUGGCAUGAGUCUCUGUGCACUUAGUUUAAUGUGCCUGAACAUGCAACAUUGAGAAUGCACUUCCUUCCUGGAAGAAAGUGCACAGAAACAUAUCUACAUUUUUUCAAUGAUUGUGUACCUGAUAGUAUAUAUCAUUUUAUCACCUACAAAUCUAUUUAGUAACCAGGAUAAUCAUAGACAGGUGGUGUUUAUCUGAUAUGAGAAUGUGAUUUGUGGUUUAUAUGGUUCCAUGCAAGCUAAUAACUUAGUGAAUAAUCGGAAAUUGAAUACAAAACUAAGUAACUGACUGUUGAAAAUAACUUUUGAAAGCCAUGAAUGGGAAAAGAGCAGGACUCUUUGCUAUCAAUAUUUCAUUACUUGAGGUAUAAUAAUCCAUAUCUUGUGUAUAUUAAUGGGAGCCUGAAUAUGAAUUAUAUAAACGGUAAGGGACACUUGUAAUAAGUGAUAUGCGCAGGCUUCUUUGCAUUUGACAACAGAUUGUGGAAAUGCUGCAAUAGUGGCAAAAGCAUGAAAAAAACUUUGAAUAAUUUUCGCUGUGGUGAUAUCAUAUUGCGUAUCAAUGUAUCUUUUAAUAUAUAUGAUAUAUCAAUGUGUGGCUUGUA